CGGAGGUGCUAAUGAAUUUGAUAUACAAACUCGUCAAGUUACAGUACUUCACGUCACCGUGCCAAACCUUUUCCAACGCCGCAACGGCGCUGUGCCCAGUGCUUGGCCACACAGCGAAACAGGAUAACCGGCACGCCGUCUCCACUAAAUCUACAGGCUGACAUGCGCCUUAAUCUUCUUUCAACAUCAUCUCUUUCAUCCAAUUCAAGAUUCUCCCUUUUCAAAUUUAGAAUAAGAAUCAAUCAAUCGCCCUUUCUAGACCUUUCAAUUCAUUGACUCGUGUUGUGUUGUGUCGUCGUCAAUUGAUUGGAUUUCAAUUGAAGCGUUACCCAUUCGUGCUGCUGAUGAGUCGCCCUGGCAUGCUUCGGGGCCCAGCUCCCGCUGCGCUAGCCAGCAUCCUCAUGAACCUACCUCUCCUUCGAGCCCUCGCCCUACCUUUCUCAACGCCCAUCUCGAGAUUCGAAGAAGACGAAGGCGCCAGUCCGGAUGAUCCGCAAUUGUGGCUGUACUUGGGAAUCGCGCUCGUGCUUGUACUUCUCGGAGGAGUUUUCGCUGGCUUGACGAUUGCAUUGAUGGGCCAAGAUGAGGUCUAUCUUGAGGUUAUUCAUGAUUCCGGAGAGGAGAAUGAGAAGAAGCAUGCUGGGAGUGUGCUGAGAUUACUCAAGAGGGGCAAGCAUUGGGUUCUGGUCACGCUUUUGCUGAGUAAUGUUAUCACGAAUGAGACUUUGCCGAUUAUUCUGGAUAGGUCUUUGGGAGGAGGUUGGCCGGCUGUUGUGGGCUCUACGGCGUUGAUUGUCAUCUUCGGAGAAGUCAUUCCUCAAUCCAUCUGCGUCCGUUAUGGUCUCCAGAUCGGCUCCUAUCUCUCCCCCGUCGUCCUCUGCCUCAUGUACAUCAUGUCACCCCUCGCCUGGCCAACAGCCAAACUCCUAGACUACCUCCUUGGAGAAGACCACGGCACAAUCUACAAGAAAGCCGGGCUCAAGACCCUCGUCUCCCUCCACAUGUCCCUCGGCAAAUCACCCGGCGAGCGUCUCAACGAGGACGAAGUAACCAUCAUCACCGCCGUCCUCGACCUCAAAGCCAAAUCAGUCCGCACAAUCAUGACACCCAUCGAAGACGUCUUCAUCAUGUCUAGCGACACUGUCCUCGACGAGAAAAUGGUCGACAAAAUCCUCCAAGCUGGAUAUUCAAGAAUUCCAAUCCAUACCCCUAACAACGAGAGGAACUUCAUCGGCAUGCUACUGGUGAGGAUGCUCAUUACCUAUGAUCCGGAAGAUGCUCAGCGCGUGUGUGAUCUUGCCUUGGCUACUCUGCCCGAGACGGCCCCGGAGACCUCGUGCUUGGACAUCAUAAAUUUCUUCCAGGAAGGCAAGUCUCAUAUGGUUGUUGUAUCGGAUUCUCCUGGUGAGCAGGCGGGUGCUCUGGGUGUCGUCACGCUUGAAGAUGUUAUUGAAGAGUUGAUCGGCGAAGAAAUCGUCGACGAAUCCGACGUCUACGUCGACAACCAACGCUCCGUCCGCCGCACCCUCAAUGCCCCCGUAAUAAUCGAAGCCUCUGAAAUAGCUGCCAUCCAAGCCGGUUCUGAGCGGAAACCCACCCCUAUAAUCGCCGGCGCGGAUGUUGACAACAGCACCCAAACUUUUCCCAAACCUCGCCGUGCUUCUACAGGCUUCAGUCAGAGAGCUGCGCAGGGUAUCAAACAUUUGGGACCGUCGAACAAGGCGAACAAGCCGAGUACGACGAAGUAUACUAAUAUUAAGAUUAAACCUGGGAGAGAAUAUCAUCAUGAUGAGGAGAAUGGUGGGGCCAGUGGGGGUGGUGGUGAGGAGGCUGGGGAGAAUACCCCGUUGUUGGGGAGGGCGGAUGGGUCAUGAGAAGGAUUCUUGGAGCUUGAAGGCUCUGGGUGCGUGAGUAAGGGCAUGAAUUGAGUGGCUGUACGACUUGUAAUCUUAAGCUGAGAGAAUUGGGCAGUGAACGAAUAAGACCUGUAAGAUUUCGGACGUGAAGGACACACACAUAUCUACACUGCAAGAAUUCAUGUAUACAACCAGCAAAUCCACCACAUAUACAGCAC